CGCCGCGAUCAGCAUUCGCGGCAUUCGACUUCGCUUCUGCCUCGGAACGACUGACUGGUGAGUGCGCGAAAACCGGAGACACAAUCCGCGCGGGUUCCUUCGAGGCUCGAGGCACGUUCGGCGAGCUUUCCGCGGAACGUAGCGCGCUAAAGUAGAUCGUUCCAAAUUAUACACAUACAUAUGUACUUAGCUGCCAUUGUCGCGCAGUGGAGCAAAAGCGCGGGCUCGUCAUUCCCGUCUUCUCGCGCAAUAUGGCGUCGGUCCUCUAGUCGAGUCCAAGGGCCAGGGCUAACCAAUAGUCGUGAAAUAUCUUCCCUGAGUUUUGUCUUGCGCUGCUUCUUAGCUCCUUCAUUUCACGGCACCACUAGUCGCCUCUUACGACGCGGAAGGCUAGUCGGAUGAUCUAUUCGUAAGCGGAUCGAAGGACGCCACCAGACCGACACGAAACUCAACGCGCUCGCGGGAGAUCUCGCGCGUGUCUCCGCCGAGGAGAAACUGAAUCGGGAUCGAUGUAAAAUUCGCCACGGAGUAGGGGUUGUGACGUAGGACAUUCAAACGGCAAGCGAAAAAACCGUGGAAAGCAUAAGAACGCAAACACGGCCGGCCGCGCAGUUCCCGGAAUCUCGCCUACGUCUUCGCGCCGAGAUCGUAAACAACGCGGCCGUGGCUCGGUCCCCCACCCCCCACGGGUCGCUCACCUUCGCGUGCCCCGUGACGCACUUCUACCUGUUUUUCGAAGUGGAAAAUUUUGCAUGCAGAGUCGCCGCGACUGUCGCGAGGUUCGGUUCGGUCGCUCCUCUCCUAGAGACCCUGCGAUCAGAGAUCGGCCGUAAGAGUUCGUUUAAAUUCCCGCGAGUGAAAGAGAGAGAGAGAGAUACGAUCGUAGAAUCGUCUCUGAUUACAGGGUCUCUAUUCUCUCCGCGCUCCUCGCGAAGCGGCAAAGCGGGAGGAUUUGCCGUGCGACGUCGGCCCGCGGCUCGAUCGUGAAUCUUUUACUCCGGCGUGAACUCGUGAAGAGCGCAAAAUUUUAUCGACCAGCUCUAUUGAAUUCGCCAAUGAAGUUUUUCACUUUUCGCGAGUUCGCGCUGGAGGUAAGGAUUCCCGAUCGAACCCCUCGUCUACAAUGUGCUCUUUGCGUCUAGAAACGUUCCGUUUUAUGUAAGUAAAUCGAAACGAUGUACGAAGUGCGGCGACUUCCGGCGCGAGUCUUCGGGCGAGUGCGUGUACGCGAAUGACUUUCGAAAUUUUCGUUCGAUCGCGCGACAGUGACUGUGUGGGAUAGUGAGUGCCCGUUUCCUGGCCGCAGCUGCGUUUCUGAGGAGGAAUCUGCGCCCUGCAGACUACAAUACCCUAGCUGGUAUAGCCGAGGGCGUACUUAGCUAGGGUACAACACUGACGGCGCCGUAGUUGAGAUCACGAUGACUAUGGACGUGAGCAAAUCCGAGACGAAUAAAAAUGGUUCGACGCAGCAGGAGUGCGCCGGCUGCGGGAAGACAAUUACGGAGAGGUAUCUCCUCAAGGCCCUGGACCUCUACUGGCACGAGGACUGCCUCAAGUGCGGAUGCUGCGACUGUAGGUUAGGCGAGGUCGGCUCCACCCUCUACACCAAAGCUAAUCUUAUCCUCUGUAAGAGGGACUACCUCAGGCUCUUCGGGAACACGGGAUGCUGCGCGGCAUGUAAUAAGCAAAUACCGGCGUUCGAGAUGGUCAUGAGGGCCAGAACGAACGUCUAUCAUCUCGACUGUUUCGCCUGCCAGCAGUGCACUCAUCGGUUCUGCGUGGGCGAUCGGUUUUACUUGUGCGAGAACAAGAUUCUCUGCGAGUACGACUACGAGGAGAGGCUAGCGUUCGCCAAUAUGGCGUUGCAGUCGCCCGCCUCAUUAGCAUACAUCAAAAGGCAACUCCCUCCUACACCAACGCCGCCGGGCCAGAACAUACACCCGGGGCACAAUCCGCUCCAAGCUCAUCAGGGUCUGGGGCAGUCGGUGGCUCAGCACAAUCACGUGCCCAACGGUCAAAUGCCAGGCGGCACGCCGACGAUGAAUGGGACGACCAUAGGGGUCGGCGGGCCGAGGGCGCCGGGUGAUAUGAACAACAACGGCCUCUCCGGGCCCGCCCUCGGGCCCGUCAAGCCACCCCCGAUGUCCAUGCAGGCGCCAACCAGCUGAAACGAGGCCUCGCCGCCUCUGAAGAAGCUCAGGUGUCUCAGCGGUUACUAAAGCCGACGGGAGUUCUCUUCGCUCGCGGAAUGUAAUCGUGGAUUCCGGGGGCCGCGGGGGAGAGGGAGCAAGGUAUACGUUGCACCGCCGAGAAUGACGAGACGAACGGAAAAAGAGGGAAGACGAUAGAGGGAAACGGGCGAGACGUAGACGGGGUGGGUGGACAGGGAGGACCCGAGGCGUCAAACGCGCGAAGAAAGAGCUGGAAGUGGGAGCCCGAGGCCUCGAGGACAAAGUGACGAGGUCCGGAGUUUGGAAUCACUGUGAUCGUGGGAAAUGGACACAAAUUUAAUGGAGGAUAAUGUUAAUACAGUGGUAGGACACGCGCGUCGCGCGAGCUGGAGCCCGGCACACCGUAUUUACCGCAGGCAUACAGGUACAUACAGUUACAUUAAUACACAGGCGCGCACACACACAUACACACGCACACACCUCCUGGGUAACGCAAACGUUUACACGACGUCGUAAAACUCUCCGGACGUCUCUCUCAGACUUUUGCGCCGUUUGCCGAUGCGUGUACGCGUCUUGUAAGAUACGACACCCGACACACAUAAGAAUAAAUUAGAUAAUUCGUGUAAGAUAUAUUUCUCUAGCGAGAUGGGAGCGAGUGUGGUUGCAGCGCGAGUGCGAAAAUUACGUGCGCGUGUGCUUGUGCGUGCGUGCGAGCGGCGGAGUCGCCUUGUAAAUAUAUCUGUGUCGUGUUCGACUCCGCGGGAGUGAGAGAGAGGAACGAAGACAAGUAGCAGUAUACGCACGCCCGCCGGGAUGACUCUUGUCCCGCUCGUGAUACCGCCGCGUCGUCCGCGCGCGAGGACGUGGAGGAGCGCCGGAUUCGAAAACAGAGGAACCUUAGCGAGAGCGGAGGGGACGCGAGGGGUUCUGUAACACGUGCCAUAGUCCCGCGAUCCCCGCCGGUUUUACGCCCGGCAGCGAGAGUGGCCAGCCGCGACAGGGGGGAGAAAGCGAGACGACACGACAGUCAUCUUGCAUUUCGGAACUGGAGAGUCGGAGGAGCACGCGAUCACCUCCCCGACUCUCCUCGGGGAAACUCGUCUCGAAAAUGAAUGUCCUAUAAACAUAAAACCUGUAUAAGGAGACCGAACUAGGCUUGAUUACGUCACCAAAUAUGGGCCGACAUUAUUGCAAGUUAUUGAAGCCUAUCACACAAUGCCAGGCAAUAGGAAUAGGGAAUAGAAUUUUUGACGCGUUAGAUUCUAGAAGGAACUAGAAUAUUUAUAGUUUCAACCUGUGAAUUCACUUGAAAAGAUUUCGUAAAGGUUAUCAAGUAAAAGUCUCCGGAGAGAAAGGUUUCAGAACGUCCUCGGAAACAUAAUCUUGAAGUAAUUACGAUUCUAAUAGUUGAAAUGUUGUUUUUCGUGGAUUACACAGUACACAAUAAAUGUUGUUAUUGUAUAUCAAAAAUCUAUGUUUAUCCCGCAUCUCCCGUACUCUGUCAUUAAUAUGACCACAAAAGCUUCAUGCAUAUGACAACCAUGUGACAUGCACGAAUGCAAAUCGAGUUGUCCGUUGGCAGCGUUUCCAGUAAUUCUUUUCGGAACGAAUAAGUCUCAAAAAUGUUGGCCCACUCUGAUUACUGGAGUUCGGUCUCCUUAUACAGGCUUCAUGAUCCUAAAGGCCGAAUCGAACUAGCGAUUGUCUUCUAGCCAAUGAGAGCUGUACGUGCAAAGCAGCCAGCGAUUUAAUCGACUCUCAUUGGCCAGAGGACAAUCGUCAAUCGCCAAUCCCAAUCCAAUCCGAGUCGGCGAUCGCUAGUCCGAUUCGGCCUUAAGGCUGGUAUUACAUUCGUCGUACGACAAAUUUUUCGAGCGUGCUGAUUGGCUGCAGGACAGAAAAGUUGUCGGGUACCUAGAACUUUUCUAGCUUGUAGCCAAUCAACAAGCCUCAAUGAUUCAUCGUACGACAAAUGUAAUAGUACCCUAAAUCUCCCGUCGCCUCAUCCAGCUUCAACAAUAGCAAACCGGUGGAAUUUGUUCUUCGUGGCCCUUCUAGUCUCGUGAAAUUUCUGUUAUGUGUUACGUCGCGAGUCGGAUGCGCGAUCGGCUCACGCGACAGCCGAUACCAAAGAUUAAUUAAAGACCUUAGGUUAAGAACCCCUCGGGACGAGCGCCGCGUAAAGAUUCAGUUUUUUUUUUCCUUAGACAGCCCGACGCGUCACGGCGAACAUUAUUUUUCGUUGAAGCUUCGCGCCGUCUGCGGAGUCACCGCGACGGCGAACAGCAGCGGCGGAUUAUCGCUCACGCCUCUGAGACUUACGGGGCGAUAUUUCGCAAAACGGUAAAGCACACAUUACUCUCGGCACACUUGACCGAUCGUUCGUCAUCGACAAUACUGUCCCUCGGUCCUUACGUGACUUGGAAUUAUCGUUGGCGAUCGCGGAAUAGUGGGACCCAAAGUGGUCUGCGCGCUCGGGGCUUUUAAGUAUUUCAUAAUCCGCCACUGUCCGAGAGUCGCGAGCUCCCAGCGGAGCCAGAGCGAGGGGCUUAGUCACUUAGCUUUAACGCUUUAAUGCCAAAAAUACAGGCGGCGCUUAUCUAUACCAAAACGCCAAACGGCAUACAUUCGUAAUCGUACAGGAGGCAGGAAAGGAGACCGGCGGAAAACGCUCUCUGCCGCGUUUGCCGCCGCGGCAUUAUUAACUGCGAGCUCGUAACGCUAUUAACUGUGAGCAAUUUCCCGCGACGCCGGAAAUGCCCGGUCCGUCUCGUUCUCGCGUUACAUCCGGGCUUUCUCUCGUUCGCGGCCGGUUGCGCUCGAAAAUAACCGUAAUACGCGCCACUCGUCUCGUUCUGUGCCACAGUUGGCGCAGCACUUUUUAUCUCGUAGACAUUACUGUGAAUCGGUGAUCCGUGUUGGAAACCUUUUCCCGCUGUACAGGAUUGAACGUUAUCGCCGCAAUUGUUUAACAAAAAAGGACAAUUCAAAUUCGGACCUAAACGAUAGUCGCUUAGCCGCGAGGUGAGUACGAGAGAGAGGGCGCGUGGCGGGAAAUUAGCUCACACCGAAAACACUUGUAAAUUAUCGAGGAACAACGGAUCGAACCCGACGACUGUCGCACCGCGCUAGUACAAAGGUCCUGCGACACGGCGGAGGGAAACAGGUCGGACGACAGAGGCAAGCACAGUACGGGGCGCGAAGGACAGGACAUUGUCUCCCCGCGUAGGACAGAGAAGAGAGGGGACGACACUUUCCCAUUUUUUAUUCAUCUGUAUAUAAUAUCACUUACCUAGGGCUCUAUUAAUAAUAUUAUCGACCGCCUAUCCCCUCGCGAGGGGAGGGGAGGGGGCAGCUCCCAUUACUACCGAGAAAAUAUAACAUUCUUAUAAAUACAACCUGGUGUAUUCCAA